AAUACAUCCAUUCGUCAGUUUUCGGGCGAGGAGGCAGCGCAGUUUGCUGUUUUAUUGAGCGGACUGCCAAAAAGUGAAAACUGAAAAAUGGCAAAAACCCUCUCGGCUUCCCAGGCAGCCAAGGAGCAUGUCUUGGCUGUAUCCAGAGACUUCAUAUCCCAGCCCCGUCUGAUCUACAAGACGGUGUCGGGUGUGAACGGACCGCUGGUCAUCUUGGACGACGUGAAGUUCCCCAAGUUCUCUGAGAUUGUACAGCUGAGACUUGCUGAUGGCACCCUCCGCUCCGGUCAGGUGCUGGAAGUCAGCGGCACCAAGGCCGUUGUCCAGGUGUUCGAGGGCACAUCAGGUAUCGACGCCAAAAACACUCUGUGUGAGUUCACCGGCGAUAUCCUGCGUACUCCCGUCUCUGAAGACAUGUUGGGCCGUGUAUUCAACGGUUCCGGCAAGCCCAUCGACAAGGGUCCCCCGAUCUUGGCUGAGGACUUCUUGGACAUCCAGGGUCAGCCCAUCAACCCCUGGUCCCGUAUCUACCCUGAGGAGAUGAUCCAGACUGGUAUCUCCGCUAUCGACGUGAUGAACUCCAUCGCCCGUGGACAGAAGAUCCCCAUCUUCUCGGCCGCUGGUCUGCCACACAACGAAAUUGCCGCCCAGAUCUGUAGACAGGCCGGUCUUGUCAAGAUCCCCGGCAAGUCAGUUUUGGACGACCACGAGGACAACUUCGCCAUUGUGUUCGCUGCUAUGGGUGUGAACAUGGAAACCGCCCGGUUCUUCAAACAAGACUUCGAAGAAAACGGCUCCAUGGAGAAUGUGUGCCUAUUCUUGAACUUGGCCAACGAUCCUACUAUUGAGAGAAUUAUUACUCCACGUUUGGCUCUGACUGCUGCCGAGUUCUUGGCUUACCAGUGCGAGAAACACGUGUUGGUCAUCUUAACCGACAUGUCUUCGUACGCCGAGGCUCUGCGUGAGGUGUCCGCCGCCCGUGAGGAGGUACCCGGACGACGUGGUUUCCCAGGUUACAUGUACACGGAUUUGGCCACCAUCUACGAGCGAGCUGGACGUGUGGAGGGCAGGAACGGCUCCAUCACCCAGAUCCCCAUCCUCACUAUGCCUAACGAUGACAUCACCCAUCCCAUUCCUGACUUGACGGGUUAUAUUACUGAGGGACAGAUCUACGUAGACCGUCAGCUCCACAACAGACAGAUCUACCCUCCAGUGAACGUGCUGCCUUCCCUGUCGCGUCUGAUGAAGUCUGCCAUCGGAGAGGGCAUGACCCGCAAGGACCACUCUGACGUCUCCAACCAGCUGUACGCUUGCUACGCCAUCGGUAAGGACGUGCAGGCGAUGAAGGCCGUGGUGGGAGAGGAGGCGCUGACGCCUGAUGACCUGCUCUACCUCGAGUUCUUGACCAAGUUCGAGAAGAACUUCAUCUCCCAGGGUAACUACGAGAACCGCACAGUGUUCGAGUCCCUGGACAUCGGCUGGCAGCUGCUGCGUAUCUUCCCCAAGGAGAUGUUGAAGCGUAUCCCCGCUUCCAUCCUCGCAGAGUUCUACCCGCGCGACUCCCGUCACUAAACGAUCAUAUGUCUGGCCCCGCGGCCUACAUACUCUUGUAAGAUAAAAUAAUACUGUUUAAUAGUAAGUUGUUAAUAGUUAUUAUAAUGUGUAUCACAUACAUGUAUUACGAUCAUGUGCAAAAUUAUAUAAAAGCGUUUCAAUCGUAGAUAACGACUUGUGUAUAUAUUUUCACGCUAUAUCCUCUACUGAGCGGUUAAAUUAUUGAUAGAUGCCAUUUAUUUUGUCUUGUUUGGUGCUUCGGACACAGUAUAAAGGAUAUUGAAAGAUUAAACAGUUAUUUUUGUGUGCACAAAUUGUUGACAUGUGUUCAAAUUAUAUGUAAUUAUCAAAAUCUGUUGUAAAUCAAGAUAUUAUUACUAUUUAUUGUGUGAUGUCGCAUGUCCAAUUGCGAACUAACAGAUAUUUAUGUAAAUAAAAUACAAUAGCCCAGUAACGACACGUUACAUUCCAAAUUAAGUUUUCCGGUUCACUCCAAAGCUACAUUCUGUAUUCAGCUAAUAAAAGUGAAUUAGGAUACUGUUGUUUUCAAUGGAAAUAAAAAUAUAGAAAGUUUAA